CCCCCGCCCUCCUGGACCCUGGUUCGGGUCCCGGGCCGCCAUGGCCCCGGAGAUGGAGCCGCUGCUUUUGGCCUGGAGCUAUUUUAGACGCAGGAAGUUCCAACUUUGCGCCGAUCUGUGCACGCAGAUACUGAAGAAGUCCCCUUAUGACCAGGCAGCUUGGAUUUUAAAAGCCCGAGCACUAACAGAGAUGGUGUACAUAGAUGAAAUUGAUGUAGAUCAGGAAGGAAUUGCAGAAAUGGUUCUAGAUGAAAAUGCAAUUGCCCAAGUUCCACGCCCUGGAACAUCUUUGAAACUCCCAGGAACUAACCAGGUGGGAGGGCCUAGUCAGGCUGUCAGGCCAAUCACGCAAGCUGGAAGACCCAUUACGGGUUUCCUUAGGCCCAGUACACAGAGUGGAAGGCCAGGCACCAUGGAACAGGCGAUCAGAACCCCUAGAACUGCCUACACAGCCCGCCCUGUCACCAGCUCCUCUGGAAGAUUUGUUAGGAUGGGGACGGCUUCCAUGCUUACAAGUCCUGAUGGACCAUUUAUAAACAUAUCUAGGCUGAAUUUAAUAAAAUAUUCCCAGAAACCUAAAUUGGCAAAGGCCUUGUUUGAGUAUAUCUUUCAUCAUGAGAAUGAUGUUAAGACUGCUUUGGAUCUGGCGGCCCUUAGCACGGAGCACUCUCAGUACAAGGACUGGUGGUGGAAGGUGCAGAUUGGAAAAUGUUACUACAGGUUAGGAAUGUAUCGUGAAGCAGAAAAGCAAUUUAAAUCAGCCCUGAAGCAGCAGGAAAUGGUGGACACAUUUCUCUAUUUGGCAAAAGUUUAUAUCAUAUUGGAUCAACCUGUGACUGCUUUAAAUCUUUUCAAACAAGGAUUAAAUAAGUUUCCAGGAGAGGUAACCUUGCUUUGUGGGAUUGCCAGGAUCUAUGAGGAAAUGAACAACAGCUCAUCUGCAGCCGAGUACUACAAAGAAGUUCUGAAGCAAGACAACACGCACGUGGAGGCCAUUGCUUGCAUCGGGAGCAACCACUUCUAUUCUGAUCAACCAGAGGUAGCGCUCCGAUUCUACAGGCGCCUGCUGCAGAUGGGCGUUUACAACUGCCAGCUUUUCAACAACCUGGGCCUGUGCUGCUUCUACGCGCAGCAGUAUGACAUGACCCUGACCUCCUUCGAGCGCGCCCUCUCCCUGGCCGAGCACGAGGAGGAGGCAGCUGAUGUCUGGUACAACUUGGGACAUAUAGCUGUGGGAAUCGGAGAUACAAACUUGGCCCAUCAGUGCUUCCGGCUGGCCCUGGUCAGCAACAACCACCAUGCCGAGGCCUAUAACAACCUGGCUGUGCUGGAGAUGCGGAAGGGUCACGUUGAGCAGGCAAAGGCUCUGUUACAGACUGCGUCCUCAUUAGCGCCUUGCAUGUAUGAGCCACAUUUUAAUUUUGCAACAAUCUCUGAUAAGGUUGGAGAUCUUCAGAGAAGCUAUGUUGCUGCUCAGAAGUCUAAAGCAGCCUUUCCCGACCACGUGGACACACAGCACUUAAUUCAGCAAUUAAGGCAGCAUUUUGCUAUGCUGUGAUUAAUCCUUGACUAGAUAUGUUUGUGUGAAGGGACGUUACACAAGGGGAAAAGGAGCAUGUGUGCUCAUAUUAGUAAUGUAACGUGUUAGAACUGAACUUUAAAACAUUGUAUAAUGAGAACUUUAUAUUUUUGUAAGGCAAUAUUGUAGAAACUAGAUUUAAGUGUAUCCUUUGGGUUUGUUUUUCAUUUUUAAAACCUUUCAUUUUCUGUAUUUAUUGUACAUGAUGCUUGGUUACAUGAGGACACUUUCCUGCAAGUAUAUCAUUUACAUUGAGCAUAGCCCCCUCCCCCUCCUUUCUUUCUUGUUCUUCAUCCUGUUCACUUGCUUUGCUCCACUGGACCAUUUUGCUUAUACUUUCCUGUCACAUAGCCAUGACCGUAUGAUGUCCAUGUAAGGUCUUGAAGGCACAAGUCCGAGUAAACGUGGUAUUUGUCUUUCUGAAACUGACACAGUUCACUUUUGUGAGUGAGUCUCUUGAUACUGUAUUCCAGGCUGGUCUUGAAUUUAUGUCUUCCUGCCUCAACCUCCUAAGUGUUGGGAUUAUAAACAAGGUAUGCAUUUCUAUGUAGAUAAUGAACCUCUCAUAUUAUAUGGUAGAUAUCUGUUUAUAGUUAUUAAACAUUUUAAUGAAUUGCCUCAGUGUUUUUAAAUGUACAUUUUAAAAGUCUGUAAACAUUGGCUGCCAUUUAGCUAAUGAGGUCAGAAAUGUGCCCUUUAAACGUUCAAGACAAGUAGUGUGUAUAUAUCAUAACUGCUAAGUGCUUUAUUUUGAACUUAAAAAUUAUAUUUUAAACUAUUUUUAUCAGAUACUUUGUUAUAAAAU